CAUUAGCGUUUUCUGAUAAACUAACCCUCAGACACUUAAUAGAUAAUCCUGCAGAAAUCGAAAAUAUGUUUUGGUACGUUUUCGGUACUUUUACAAACUGUUUCACUUUUUCUGGAAAAGGAUCCUGGGGUAAAGCUGAUAAGAAUGCUACAAAAUUACUGAUAGGUUUUUACUGGAUUUUUACUAUAAUCAUAACUGCCUGCUAUACUGGUUCUAUUAUAGCGUUUGUAACAUUACCAAUAUAUCCUUCUGUAAUAGAUAGUGCAGAACAGCUGCUAAGCGGGUGGUAUCAAAUUGGCACGCUAGAUAAAGGGGAAUGGCAAUACUUAUUUCAAAAUUCUUCCGAUGAAGUAGCUGUAAAACUCAUGAAAAGUUUAGAUUUGGUAACUACAGUAGAAGAAGGAUUAAGGAAUACUACAAAAACGUCUUUUUGGAGAUACGCUUUUCUUGGUUCUAGAUCACAACUAGAUUAUAUCGUUAGG